GAUUAGCUCAGGGUCCCUGACGUGUAAAGUAACCAAGAUGCCCAUUGGUCCAUGGUAGUAGGUUAAACUGGGGAUUGUAUUUUUGUUCCUGUGUCAACGAAAAGAAGAAAAGAAGAGUAGCCAGUCAGACCCGGCUAAGUUUCAUCAGAGAUAGUUUUUUCACUCAUUACGGAAAGGUGUCCUUGUAUCUGAUAAUAGCCAUACAUCCACCGCCUUAGAAGCACUCCUUUUGAAGAUGAACUCCAAUGUGGAGAAUUUGCCUCCUCAUGUUCUUCGCUUGGUCUACAAAGAGGUUGCAGCCUUAGCAGCAGACCCACCUGAGGGUAUCAAGGUUUAUCCCAGUGAGGAAGACAUAACAGAGCUGCACACAGCCAUCGAAGGACCAGAGGGAACUCCGUUUGCUGGCGGCGUUUUCCGAAUGCGUCUGGUCCUCGGGAAGGACUUCCCUGCGGUUCCACCCAAGGGGUAUUUCCUGACCAAGAUUUUUCACCCUAAUGUGGGUCACAAGGGAGAGAUCUGUGUCAACGUGUUGAAGAUGGACUGGAAGGCAGAGCUCGGCAUCAGACACGUCUUGCUUACAAUCAAGUGUCUUCUCAUCCAUCCAAAUCCGGAGUCCGCUCUGAAUGAAGAAGCCGGGCGUUUGCUGUUAGAGGACUAUGCAGAAUACGAGUCCCGAGCUCGUCUGCUCACAGAGAUCCACGCCAUGGGCGGGCCUUCUGGGGCCCUUCAGGACCCUAACGACGGCCCCCAGCCAAAGAAGCACGCGGGUGACCCCAUGAAGAGAGCUGGACCCAGUGCAGCACCUGUGCCAGCAUCCCUGGGUAACGGAGCAAACGCAGCCAGUACCACCAACAGCAAUAGCAACAGUAGCACUAAUAACGUAGCAGGGAAAAAGAAAGCAGAUAAAAAGCGGGCAUUGAGGCGACUUUAAUACCUCUGCAAAAUUCUCUGUGUGUGUGUGUGUGUGUACGUGUGAGAGCGAGAGAGUGUGUAAAUAUAAUUAUUGAGGUGUGCUGACAAUGUUUUUGUUCCCUUUUUUCUGACUCUUUUUACCACCUAUCCAGACUGUCCACUUUGUACUCAUGCCUUAGCUUCUGUUUUGCCUCCAGUUUGUCCUGUUGGCAUUACAGCUUUGUUAAUUAUUUCCAUACCGAAAAAUAAAAUGUUUGUUACUCUUUUAAAGGAAAGACAAUUGCUUAACUGGGGGCAAAUCAUGCCAUCCGUUGUAUUUUUCCCUCAGACUUUUGUGAAUGAAUCAGAGAGGGGAAAGGUUUCCUUGUGCAAAGGUUUCCUUGUGCAAAUCAUGGCCUCUAAUGUCUGUCCAAUGACAUCUACCUACUAUUGUCUCCUUUUUAAAGUGUUUCCUGGUAAAUGCUGCUGUGAUGGUACUGUGUACUGCACAGCCAGGCUGAACCAAGAUGUUCUUUUAAAUAAAAUGAGCUUUUCAAAUUGACAUCAAACAAAAAAAUUGUAGAAGUUGCUAAACAAUGUUGAAGGGGGUCCAUAUAUUGGGAUAAGUAAUUGUUAACUGAAACAUCUUUUUAAAUAGUAUUUUUCAUAUUGCUAUCUGAAAGAAGUAUAGGUAUGAAAAGACUUGGCAGUGGAGUAUAAGAAGUCGGUCAUGUGGUUCAUGGAAUCUCAACCCCUUUUUUAUGUUAAUUUUUCUAAAAUGGUUUCACUGUCUAGUAUUUUCAAAAGUUGUUUAUUAUCGACAUGUUCAUAUUCAGCUGUCUUGUGGUCACGUGUGAAGACCUAGAUCAGUGGCUGUAGGGGAACGGGGUAGUUUGCCAGACUACUUCAUAGAAAAUGAAAUGUGUAUUAUUUGUAUUAAAAAUACAGUGGUGAGACUCACCCCUGCUCCCAUACAAAGCAGUAUGCUCUCUCAGGUACCCAGCUUUCCUACCAGCCAUGUGGAUACCUGAGGAGACAUCUGUAGGAUAAAGUCCACGUUUGAUAGAUUUUGUCUCCCUACUUGGAGCACUGUUCGGGUUUUCUGGGCAGGUUUUCUUUCCAUACUAAAUGCAUGCAGGGCUUACAUUUCCCAAGGAAACACACUGAAGCACUGUCUUAAUUUGGGUGGAAAAUGUGCCUCUGAAUCACCUGUCACUGUGCAGAUUGUUGGCUGGAUAUUUUGUGUCCAUUUUAAAUUAUUUAAAUUAAUAAAACAUUGAAAUACAAGAA